GGCUGAGGCAGACUGCUCAAAACUCAGUUUCUGGGGCUAGACAGGGAAUUCCUCGAGAAACGUUGCUGCCUGGCGUGAGGGAGGGUCCUGAGGUGAACACAGAAAUCAAUCUUCGCCUCGCAGGUCUUCUCUGCUGCACGCUUACAGUCAGCCUCCUGACUCAUCUCUGACUAAUCGGACAGAGGAAGGGACCCUGGGUGUCGGCAAAUAUGUCACCAUUGGUAAGCAAGUUAGAAACCAGGCUGGCCACCCAGCAGCCGGCAGGCGUCGGGGUCACGUGACUCACCCUCCCCUCCUGGAAGGGGCGUGUCUUCUGGUGGGACCCUCCCCCGCCCACGGAUGCGCGGACGGCCGGGUCACGUGGAGCACGGGGCGGGGCCUAGGACAGCGGCGAGCGGCGGCCGGGAUCGCGGACUGCAACCUCUGCGGAAGAGCUGUGCGGGUCCCAGCCAUGGGCGGCGAGGACUACUACCUGGAGCUGUGCGAGCGGCCGGUGCAGUUCGAGAAGGCGAACCCGGUUAACUGCGUGUUCUUCGACGAGGCCAACAAGCAGGUUUUUGCUGUUCGGUCGGGUGGAGCUACAGGAGUGGUCGUUAAAGGCCCAGAUGAUAGGAAUCCCAUCUCUUUUAGGAUGGAUGACAGAGGAGAAGUGAAGUGUAUCAAGUUUUCUUUAGAAAACAAAAUCCUGGCUGUGCAGAGGACCUCAAAGGCUGUGGACUUUUGUAAUUUUAUUCCAGAUAACUCUCAACUGGAGUACACACAAGAGUGCAAGACCAAGAAUGCCAACAUACUAGGAUUCUGCUGGACCAGCUCUACUGAAAUCGUCUUCAUAACUGAUCAAGGCAUCGAAUUUUACCAGGUGUUGCCUGAGAAACGAAGCCUCAAACUCCUGAAGAGUCACAACAUCAAUGUGAACUGGUACACGUACUGCCCCGAGAGCGCCGUGAUCCUGCUGUCCACCACGGUCCUUGAGAAUGUCCUGCAGCCUUUCCAUUUUAGGGCUGGCACCAUGUCGAAGCUUCCCAAGUUCGAGAUUGAGUUACCAGCUGCACCGAAGUCAACUAAACUUAGCCUUUCAGAACGAGACAUUGCGAUGGCGACCAUAUACGGGCAGCUUUACAUCCUCUUCCUGCGCCAUCACUCUCGGACCUCCAACAGCACGGGAGCGGAGGUGGUGCUGUACCAUCUCCCACGAGAGGGUGCAUGUAAAAAGAUGCACAUACUGAAGUUAAAUAGGACGGGAAAGUUUGCCCUCAAUGUAGUGGACAACCUGGUCGUUGUCCACCAUCAGGACACAGAGACGUCAGUGAUUUUUGACAUCAGGUUACGGGGCGAGUUCGAUGGCACGGUUACCUUCCAUCAUCCUGUGCUUCCAGCCCGAUCAAUUCAACCUUACGAGAUCCCCCUGGCAGGUCCUGCAGCCGUGACCAGCCAGUCUCCUGUCCCCUGUAAACUCUAUUCCUCUUCAUGGAUCGUCUUUCAACCAGACAUCAUUAUCAGUGCAAGCCAAGGUUACCUCUGGAACCUGCAGGUGAAACUUCAGCCCAUAGUGAAUCUCUUGCCAGAUAAAGGAAGGCUGAUGGACUUUCUCCUCCAGAGGAAGGAGUGCAAGGCGGUGGUUCUGUCUGUGUGUUCACAGAUGCUGAGUGAGUCAGACAGAGCCACGCUGCCUGUGAUAGCCACCGUGUUUGAUAAACUCAACCAUGAGUAUAAGAAGUACUUGGAUGCUGAGCAGAGCUACACAAUGGCAGUAGAAGCAGGGCAAAGCCGGAGCAACCCUCCUCUCAAAAGGCCAGUGCGACCCCAAGCAGUGGUGGACCAGUCUGACGUGUACACACAGGUGCUGUCACCAUUCGUGGAAAACAAGGAGAUGCCACACAAGUUUGUGAUAGCUGUGCUGAUGGAAUAUAUUCGUUCUCUGAACCAGUUUCAGAUUCCAGUGCAGCACUACUUACAUGAACUUGUCAUCAAGACACUUGUCCAGCAUAACCUCUUCUACAUGCUGCACCAGUUCCUGCAGUACCACGUGCUCAGCGACUCCAAGCCUUUGGCUUGCUUGCUGCUGUCCCUAGAAAGCUUUUAUCCUCCCGCCCACCAGCUAUCUCUGGACAUGUUGAAGAGACUUUCAACAGCAAAUGAUGAGAUAGUAGAAGUUCUUCUGUCUAAACACCAGGUGUUGGCUGCCCUGAGGUUCAUCCGGGGUAUUGGUGGCCAUGACAACAUUUCUGCUCGCAAAUUCUUAGAUGCUGCGAAGCAGACUGAUGAUGUCAUGCUUUUCUAUACCAUAUUCCGCUUCUUUGAACAGCGAAACCAGCGUCUGCGAGGGAACCCUAACUUCACACCAGGAGAACACUGUGAAGAACACGUUGCCUUUUUCAAGCAGGUUUUUGGAGAACAAGCUCUAAUGAGGCCUACAACAUUCUGAAGUCCCUUAAUAGUCUUUUUUUUAAAUAUAAAAAUGUACAAAGUUAAUUUAUUGCAUUAAUAAAGCUCUUUAAACUA